AUGAGGGCCCGGCUUUGGAACACCUUCGAAAAGACUAUGCCAUGGUUCACUCAUAGCAGCCGGCAGCGACUGUCAAAUAUCCAGAGCACCUCGAGAUUUUCGACAUCGUCUUCUUCUGGCGCUCCUCCUAAUCCAACCAGAGAUGCGAUCCUCACCCGUCGUCAGAGGGAAAGCGACCUUUUGAAACCAAGCGAACCGACCGCUAAUGAGGCGUCGACAAGCGGCUCACAAGGAGUUCAAGGCAUCCUGAACGUGUUGAAUGCAAGGAACCAGGCCAAUGGCCAGAAGGCUUCCUCUUAUAUCGAUGGAUUGCGCGUUCGACAGGAGCAAUUUUAUUCAGCGUAUGGCAACCGUGCACCUCCCUAUAGCCUACAUGUCUACGCCCACAAACACAACACGAUAAUCACACUCACAAAGCCGAAUGGAAAUCCUAUAAUGUCUCUUGGGUGCGGUAGCCUUGGUUUCCGCAAGUCUCAUCGAUCGGGCUACGAUCCGGCCUUCCAGUUGUCUUCGCAUGUUUUCGCACAAAUUCAAGAGAAGGGCCUGCUGCAUGAAAUCUCGAAAAUCGGACUCGUAUUUCGCGGGUUUGGGCUAGGCCGUGAAGCCUUUAUCAAAGUGUUGUUAGGGAACGAAGGGCGAAACGUUCGCCCAUUGAUCUCACGCGUAACCGACGCUACCAGAAUAAAGUUCGGUGGUACAAGGAGCAGACAAGCAACAUCAUUCAUUCAAACCGCCCAAGCGCAGCUUGACGAGCUUCUGUACAGGCUUGCCAAUGUUGCUCGGAUGCACCCUUUAAAUCCAUUCAUCCGUGCCUUCUUUCGGAGCACCGUCCCCGGACAGUGCGUCCCGGUUGAAAAUCAUGUGCUUCUAGUUCCCACGACAGAAUCGCUAUUUGGAUCACGAGACAAAGAGACCAACGCAUACUAUUCCGACCUCGUUUCCUCCGAAGAAUUCCUUGGGAGCCAUGUGCUACGGAUACCCGGCCCGUCCGGUGCAUCGAAUAAGACCGAUGCCUCAAACGUCAGAGACACACGGGGAAAAGCCAGACAAGUCACAACUGUCAAUGGUCGCACGGUGAUAGUCAAGGAAAGCUCGGUCUAUAGUAAUAAAGGUUGGUCUUCGCAAUAUACUCCGGAUUAUCGCAUCGCUUACAUGUUGCCAGGAUUCAAAUCGUUUUGCCAAGCACAACUUCUGUCCGAUUUCCUCUAUUAUACACCGAAUCAUAACUCCCAGCCAUGGCUUAUCUAUUAUAUCUCCAGGCCGCUGAUUGGAACCUUCGACCCUGCAAAAAUAAUACCAGCAGUCCCACCAGGAAGCGUUUAUGUGGUCGACGCAACAACAGCUGAUCAAAACACAGGAGAUGCUUCAAAUAUUCAAAAACGCGAUAUCAAAUCAUUUGGGGAGCUCCUUUCACAUUUCCCAAUGAUUUCAAGACAGAUGCAGCCAGGGCUCGAUCGAUUAUUUCGGGAAUUCGGCAAAGAGCUUGGGAAGCCCCUACCUCCUCCUCCAUCGCAAUCACCGGUAUCCUCAAUAAAAGGCGAACAAUGGCAGUCUGUAAGCGACGCCUUGGAAAUAGAUGGAUUACCUUUCAACUCUAUUGAAUACUUCGCAGACGAUGAAGAUCUUAUGCGACGCAGUCUAGAAACGGCUGUAACAGCAGCAAUUGACCUCUUCCGUUUAGUUGACAAGCAACAGCUCUCACUUCUCGGCGCAACUACCGAACUAACUGGCCCUUUAGUGGAGCGAUUGAUUGAGAAAUACAUAGCACAGCAAGUCCACGAUACGCUAUUAUUCCCUCGACUUUGCAAUUUUCGUCGAACGGAUGAUGCUGAGCUCGACACAAGGAUCCGACAAAUUGAGCACAUCGACGUGUCUCAGGUUGGCAUCACCAUAGAAGGAGGCUUUGCUGGUAAAAAAGUGUUGAUGGAUCGGCUCAUUAGAGGUGUGGAAGAAUUCCGAAAGAUGAAUGAUGCCACUUGCCCACAGGAUAUGCUUGAAGUACUUUUGACGACUAUCAAGGCCGUCACAAUCUCAAAGGGAACAGAGAUGUCGUUCGAAUCAUCGGAAAAGCAGGCACCCAGUUUUACAGUGAAUGCUGAUAUUCUAGUAUCUUUGCUUCUCGUUGUAGUGAUUAGGUCUCAAGUCCGUCAACUUCAAGCUCGGCUUCUCUAUAUGCAACACUUCAUUUUUGUAGAUGAUGUUGAAAGUGGAGAGAUGGGGUAUGCUCUGAGUACGUUUGAGGCGGUCCUGGCAUAUUUAGUGAGCGAUUCUGCUCCGCUUCGAAGGGCCAGCGCGCGAAAUAGGCGACUAUGGCAAGCAACAAAAGCUGGCAAGACCAGAGACAUCAGAUCCAUCUUGGAACCCGAUGAAAAUGAUGGAGAGCCCAUAGAUGAACAUAUCGCCCCGAAUGCGGACAUGCAACCCAGAGAAGAAGAACCUGACGUGCCUCAGGGUGAACAACAAUCUAUCAGAUUUGCGUUAGUCAAUGGGAACCCACCUGAACAACAUAUCGAAUCAGAACCUGGUCGUCCGCCUUUAUCUCAUGUGUUUCCGUUUCAAACGUGGGCCCGUUCAACAUUACCUGACGCUGAACAACAGCCCCGGAAAAGGGUUUCCAUGGACGUCGGCAGUAUAUCAGGCUCAUCGGCGGUUUCAUUGCUCUCAAGAACAACAACCAUUGCUUCGACAUUUAGUGGUAUUGAAGGAGACACUUCAAUUGAAACUUUAAGUCAUACCCAUGAUCCUGCUGGCGAUUCGGUACCAAUGAUGGCGGUUGAAAGUCAUCAGCCUGGAGCCUUAAGAUAUCUUUUAAGCCUUCGAGAAUUUUACGCAAUUGAUGUCAUCCUUGGGGACACAAAUCGCGAUGGCACGACAUUAUUGAGCGCAGCUGUUCAACACGCCAAUAGAGAGGUGAUCAAUAUCAUCACGGAUUUUUUAUUAGCUGAGGCAGACUUGCAUACAAUCAGUAGCUAUCUAGAGAAGGAAGACAUAAGGGGUCGCACAGCUGCGCACUACUUGUUUGGUGCCCCUUACCUGAUGUCUACGCUGGGAAGUCUUUUGCCAUGGGGGAAAAAGGAUAAGCAUGGGCAAACGCCGCUUUUUGCCCUAUGCAGAUGUUACGAUCAUUCCAAUUAUCAGAACAUGGUAAAUGAAGCUCUGACGGUAGCACAAAAAGCACAAGAUGAUGGACAGCCUCUCCGGCUAGAUGAUCACGUUGAUUCGAAAGGUAAUACUUUGCUGCAUAUCGUUAGCGACCCUUCGAUUAUCACACGGAUUCUCGAACAAUGUGACUGCGACCCGAAUGCUACAAACGAGAAAAGAUUCACACCGCUGAUGAUGGCGAGCAAAUAUGGACGAGUAGAUAUGAUGCGAAAACUCUUCGCAGAUCCUAGAGUUGAUACCCAUCUCACAGAGAGCCGUGGUCUGACAGCUAUUGAACUUGCAAAGGAUGAUGAAGUGCGAAACAGGAUUGAUGACAUGAUACUGUUUCUGAAUGGUCCUCCGGUCGCCGGGGAUAUCACAGGUCGAAUCACUACUGUCGUGCGCUCGCUUUUCGUCGAGGACGCGACAGUGCGAUUUAUCUUGAAGUCGGGUGCACAGGAGGAUUCUAGCCCAACCGCUACGAACGGAACAACCACUUAUACCAUCACUACAUGCCGACGGUCCUUGGCCGACUUCGAAAACUUGGUCAAAUGUUUAUCAGUUGAGCAUCCCGCAUCCUACAUCCCAAAUAUCUCUGAGGCUCGAAGCCCGUUUCAAAUUCAUUCCAAACCCUCUCGUGCGAUUCUCCAUGAGAUGCAGGGACGUCUUGAUCAAUUCCUGCGAAUUCUACUUACACAUCCAACUUUUGCUACACAUGAAAUGCUGUGGGAAUUUUUUCUCGUGCCAGAAUUGCAGCCCGACAUGAUGGCUGAUCGAUCUCAACGCAAAGCCUCUGUGCUUUACGAAAGCAUAUAUGAUGACUAUGAGCCCAUCACGCCAGAUGGCCUGAGGGACACGGAGCAAUUUGUUGCGCACGCUCAGGAAGUUGUUCGGGCUGUCCAUGCCAAUACACGUAGCAUCAUUCGACGUGGACACUCGUUGCAACAUGCGGUAUCUGACUUUGGAGAUGCUGCCAGUCUCUGUUCAUCUAGCCUAUCAACACUAAAGGCCCCAACCAAUGCUCUUCCAAAAUCACACGUCGACGCAUUCGCCCGUUAUGCCACAACUAUGAGCACAUCGUCAUCGGAUUCUUCCCCUCUCCUCCAGUUUCUCAAAACCAUGACAUCAAUACAAAGCACAACAACAGCAGUGUUAAAUGCUCUUUCCCGUCCCAGCAGGCUUGUGAAUACUCUUUCGUCGACUAAUCGUAAUUUGUCGCGGUCUCGCACAUCACUCGCAUCGUCGUCACUGCCGAGAAAAUUCAACCUCAAUCUUUCAGUUCUGGAGGAAUCGAGGCAAAAGAAUUUACGAGAUCUAGAACAAAAAAUCCAUGACUCGGAAGCUCAGGCAUCACGAUUGUCACGAGAAAUAUCAUGGAAUAAGAAUGUGGUAGUUAGUGAGCUGGCUGGUUGGACCUCCUGGCGGGAAAAGGUUGGACGUGAUGCCAUUCGAGCCUUUGUACGGGCAGCCGUUGUGCAAGAGAAGGAACGCGGGCGGCGAUUGGAGCGAUGUCUACGAAACAUCAAAAAAUUGUCAUCUCCACGAAAGCCCAUUGAAUGA